AUGACUCCGGCAGAGGACGAAAGGUCCCCGCUUUCUACGCCGGAGGUGGAUCAACUGAGCCAGUCGCUUCCGCCGCCGGAGGUGGAGAAACGAAGCCUGUCACUUCCAUCGCCAUACCUGUCUCCACCAAAACAGCGGCGAGAGUUGUCUCCAAUUUCACUGCCGUCGCUGUCGCAGCAGGACAAGCCACUUCCGCCGCAGCCGCCUAUCCAACAGCCGUCUCCGUCUGUAUCUCCGGCACCGACACAGCGCAACCAGGCGCGUUAUGUAUGUUCCGAGUGCGGUAAGGUGUUCUCUUCCUACCAGGCCUUGGGGGGCCACAAAGCCAAAGCCAGCCAUCGGAAGUUCCCUGCCGAAAACAGAGCCGCCGCGUCAGCGGCCGUCGUCACCGGAGCAGCGGACCAAUACAAUCCUAAUGCUUGCUCUUUCUGCUCCAAGUCGUUCGCGACGGGGCCCGCGCUAGGCGGGCACAUGAGGGCUCACUACGAGAGGAUUAGACGGCAAGCCACAGCUAAGAACAGACCGAUGGCUGGGCCAUCGUCUUCGCUGACUGAGUGCUCGACGGCGAUGGGCUUGACAAUUGACCUCAACCAGGAGGCGAUGCCGGAAGCGGAAUUGACUAAGGAAGAGGAAACGGUGAGCUCUCAUCCGGCGGCGGCGGCGGCGGCGGCCACCUCUCCCCCUCCUCGCUUCUUUACUUUCUUUUAA